UUCAGCGAGGAAAACCCAGACACCCAAGGCAAAUUACCUCUAUACAAAAUGAGAGUUCUUUUGGCAACAAUUGUCUGCUUUUCCACACUCUCUGUGCUUUCAGAAGCUGUUGUAGUGAAAGAUGGAGAGUUCACCUUCUCUCUGGAGGCUGUGAAGAAGCUGAAGGAUUUGAUGGACAGGGGGAUUCGAAAAAGCUCCCGCAUAGCAAAGACCAGCUCUGAAGUGGUGUGUGCCAACCCAGCCUUGCCAGGGGAGUUCAGAGCAGUGUGCCAGAGAACAGACGCAGGCAUGGUCUUCUCCAGACUCGCGACAGUGGCUUCUCACCCAGAUGUGUGUGAGAUCUGUGCCUAUGCUGCUUGUACUGGAUGUUAAACAAGCUCAGCCACCUUGUGCUCCCCCAUAUAAAAAGAUAUAGAAAUAUACAGUAACACUAUUUGACUUUAUAACUUGGCCUUUAUUAUUAUCUGUAAACCCAUUUUUUUAACGGACAAGUGUGUUUGGCUUACAAACAGAAAUAUCACCAGCGAGACUGCAGCUUUAACUUCAAUGUCUAUUGUGUGAAGAGAAGAAAUUGGUUUGAAUGGACAAGUCCCAUUCACUGCACUAAAAGUCACCCAACUAACCUGUAGAGAAUGUACAUUGCUAAGAAAUAAAUUCCCCAUCGGGGUUAAGAAUCUCAAUUUAGCUAUCAAAUACCUUGUAAGCACUUUGUUACUGUUUUGAUUGAUUUUUACUUGUACCUAUUUAGCUACUGGUAAAUAUUUUUUUACUGUUAAGAUCUUGUGUGGAGUAAGCUUUUUUAAAUAUAAGCUUUAUAGAAUUGUUUUAUUUUUAAUAAUAUGUUCUAUACUGUUAAAUAUUUAAUUUGUUUGGGAGUCACUUAAGAUCUUUUUUCUAAUAUUAAUAAUUUAUAAGAAAAAAAGAUCUUGCAUGGCUUCCAAAUCAAUCAAUUUUCUAAACUUUAAGUGCUUUUUUUUUUUACUUAUUUAAAAAAAGACUUGUCUAAUAUAUUUUUAUAUAAAGGAUCUGCAUUUUGCUUGUAUACUACUG